CAUUAAGGGUAUAAACGAUAUUAACCACUCUAACUUUUAACGUGAGAAGUCGAUUCCAAAAAUUUACUUCGCAAAUAAUAGUAUAGAUUAUUAGUAAAACGAUCAUGCCCGCAUGUGCGGGCAAAAUACCUAGUCAAUAAUAUAAAAAAUCAUUUUUAAAGAGAAAAUAAAACAAUGUAUGGGUUUCUUUUAGAAGAGUGUGGGUUGCUCUGUUGUACAUAUGUUUUGCCAAAGUUUAAUGCUUUAUUUGAGUAGUUUGCUCCUGUAAGCUGUAGUAAUGGAAUAGUACCAACGCCUUGGGUGGCCACGGCUCCGGUUCACUGUGUUCCUGCCGUUAAACAAAAAAAAAUAACGAAACCACUUUCCUUAGCAACAAAGGAAUUAUGACAACCAGAAUCCACAGCAUAAAAGGACGUAAACUUGAAUGAUUAGUAUUCAAACCCAUUAUCACAAAAGUUAAAGGCAUUUAUUUUGAAGUACAAAUUGUGAAAUCAAGUAAAAAGCAUUUGAUGGGUGAAUAUGCCAUAUUUGAAACCAGAUCAGAAAAGAAGGUUAGGAAUCCUUUUUAUUUUUGUUUGGACAUCUGAAAUUUCAUUAAAUACAAAGAAGGAUACAUUGUCAAAUAUAUUGCCAACAGAAAAAAAAAAAUCUCAGAAAAAUCUUUGAAAUCAAAACUGGUGAAAAACGAAAAUUUUCUACAGACUGAAAUUUCAGAUGAUAUUUCAAGCAAAAAGUGUUAUUUAAUCCAAAAUAGAAAAUAAUUUAAGAACGAAUCAAAACCGGGACUUGUAACUAACAUCAAACAACCAUUAUACUGUCACUUAUCUCAUGUUGUUUUGUUCAGAAAUGAACAUGCGAAAUAAAUAAAACUAUUAGCACCAUAUUAAACUGGCUUAUAACCAAAUCAUAUGAUUAGGCUAGGCAGUUUGUAGAUGGUGAAAACAGAGAAUGUCACUAAACAUGUUCACUGGGAUAGUUUAGGAAGGUCUCUUCGAAACCCAUAGUGGGCGAUUCUCGAGUCAAGAUUGUUGGAAUGACAAGGAUAUAGUUAGACAAAAGCAAAGGACAAAUGUCAAUGAUGUAGGGAAACCAAUGAAGAAAGAUACUUAACUUCUUAGCGGUUUUCGUGUACCGAACUCUUUUGUACAAUCAUUCUCUGAUUCUUCCAAUAACAGCCUUAAUCUUACUUAUAUUUCCAAAUCAAUGUUUUUUAUAAGUGAAUCUAAAUUCUCCAGGGCCCCAUUGUGCGCUUUACACUUUAAAGCUCCCCUCCAAAUCCCAAGACGUGAUGAUAUAUAACAAGACUAUAUCUACAGGAAGGAACACACAUGAAAGCAGAAGGGAUACAAUCUCAUUGUCAUUAUCUCUAACCCUCUUCUUUUUUUUUUUGAAGAAGAAAAGAAAGAUACUCUGAUUCUUCUUGUCUCCCUAAGAACAGAAAUGCUAGGUUACAGUACAAGAAUGAUGCUUUGUCUUCUUGUCUGCAUAGGAUUACUAUCAGACAACCGAUAUAAGGUCUCAGCCCUGAGAAAUAGAGAGUUUUUCCUCAGGCAAAUACAAGGAGAAGAAGCUAGAGUUGAGCCAGGUGAAACUGUUAAGCUAAGGAGCAUUGAUAUUCAUUCUAGCCACAACCGUGAAGGUCAAGGAACGCUCAUCGGACACCGGCGCAUUCUUGAGGAAGUUAACCAGAGCAAAGUUAAAGUUGAGAAGACACAAGCACAAAAGGAUCAGACAAAGGACUCGUUCCAGUCAAGCAAGAGACGUGUAAGACGAGGAUCAGAUCCUAUUCACAACAAAUCCCAGCCACUUUCUUGAGUGGCAAUGUGGCACAACAACAAUCAAAUAUAGAAAAGAAAGGCGCAACGAUCAAAACCUUAUCAAGCUGGAGGUAGGUUAGUUGUUUUUUUCUUAGGUUUUGUUUUCAAGUAUAGGUUUGAUAAACACACAGAACAUUGGCUGUUGAAGGACAGCACCGUCUGUUCAGACACAGCAGUCACCAGGAGAAUACAUAUUUGUUUUUCAAUACAUUUUUUUGACUAAAAGUGUUCACUCUUUUGUUUGCAUUAGUUCUAAGUUUCUGGAUAAGUUUUGUUCUUUUCUGCAUUGCUUUGGCUCCACCAAAAAUAUAUCUUGUGUAUAUACAAUAGCUCAGAGGUUUUGAUUGUUUACAACAUUUUGAGCUUAAAAGGUAACCAGUUAUAUCUUUCUAACAACUUAUCAACAAGUGAAAAUUGAAAAUCCAAGAAAAUCAAAGUUCUCUAAGCAAACCCUUGCCUGCAAGAAACCAUAAACCUACAUUUGAUAGAACAGAGAAUUUUCCGGUUCAAAUUUCAUAUUCCUUGCUUCUCUCGUGGAUAAGAUCGGAUCACUGAUGACACGUAGCAGUAAGAGGAACCUUAAAGCAAUUGCAGUCACACGAAUGUUUUGUUUCCAAUAAAUGAUUGGAAGUGCAGUGUCUACAUGCGAUGCGAGUAUGCGACCCAACUACGGAUCAGUCGUCUCGGCCUACACGUUUAACCGUUACUUGAGAGUAGAUAUUAAUCAUUAUCUGCAUAAUUUAGCUAUUAAGCCCAGUCCACAAGAAAAAUAUUUAUUGGGCCUAUUCCUCCAGGUGUUUUGUGCUCGACGGCUAAAGCUAGAAGAAUUUCAUCUUAUUAAACCUACAAGAAAAAUAUUAGCAUGGUAAAAACUAAAAAUAGAAACACUCAUCAACAAACAUAUGUUGAUAUCUAUGGAAUUUUGGCUAGUAUAGUUUGUAUUAGUAAGGAACAACUCUCUCGUUAUUUUUUCUAUUGUUUUUCUCUAAUAUUUCGUCAUCAAAAUUUGCUUCUCCAGCUUAUGCAGGUGGACUUCCUUAGUCAUAGCGUAGACCGAGAUUUCUUUUUGUUCGUAGUCAUCUCUUUCAAAUGGUUGUAAAAAUUUGUAGUUUAAAACUAAGAUUUGCAGAUAUAAUUACUGAUUUAGAUGGUUAGAUAUAAAUCACUCAUUUUGCCUCUAAUCAAGCUCCAAAUGCUCCAAAUGCACCAAAUGGCAUCUCCAACACUUGAUAUGGACUUAUGCAUGAAAAUAAAAUCUAAUGAUGUCUAAAUACUAUUCUAAAUGAUCAAUUUUAUAUAGUUAAAAUCAUGCAAAUUCAUAAAAUAUCACAUAUCAAAAAGAAAUUGGGCUCUUGGACAUCUAGAGCUCCAACUAUGGCAGAUUAGUUGACCCUAAUCUCCUAGGUUAUCUUGGGUAUAAACGGAGUUUUAGAUGUAUGCUCCGGAACUUUUUUAUGACAUGGAACUAUUGGGAUAUCAAAGGAGCGAAAAUGUCAUAGGAAGAUCUGUCUACGCAAAAAUCUAAGGGAUGUAUAGGCCUCUGUGACCUCAUCUCUUGGAAUAAAACUCAUGAAGUUAAUUUGGAUGUUUUUUCAGAGCUGGCUCUCUUUGGAUGCCAUGAUAAGGAGUACUUAUAUCUGUCCUCUUUUUUUAGGAUUUGAAUGAUAAAAGCUAUGCUUUCUAUUGGAUGUUUUGGAAGAUCUUCAGUUUGUCCCCAAAGACUCUACUUUUCAUCAUAACUGAAGUAAGAAAUUGUGUCUCUGCACUGUUUUGGUGAGAUCCUUGGAUCCCUUUUAAUCCAUUAAAGUAUUUCUUGGCAUCGGAAAGCAUAUUCUCCCUUGAAGUCUCUUUAUCUUCAACAGUGGCUGACUUGAAAUCUGAUCAUGGCUGGAUUUUUCUACAUACUAGACCACACAAGCAAUUUCUUCUCUUCUCCUACAUUUUCUCUCUUCAAUCGUCUACUGGAUCAGACUUGGUAAUCCAGUAUGUGGGUGAUUCAAAGAGUAAAUCCUUCUCUAUGUUGGUGUGGAAUAACCUUUGAGUUGUUUGGUACCAGUAAGCAUUGGGCACCUUUAAUUUGGAAGGAAACUACUCCAAGACAUGCAACUACUACUUGGUUAUUCAUCUUAAAUCGGAACCCUACCUUUGAUCGCCUAGCUUUAUGGGAUGCAGAGAUGGAGACUAUUUGCCUCCAAUGUGGUGAAUGGGAGGAAUCCCAUGACUAUUUAUUCUUUGAAUGCUCUUUCUCAUAUGUUAUUUGGGAUACUCUAUUGAACAAGUUAUGCUUUUCAUUUCUUUUGCCUAGAAAAAUAUCAUGUUUGGUUGUCUAACCCUCGUGUUGACUCAAGAGUUAAAUUGGUGGUUCUUCAAGCAUGACAUGCUGCCAUUUGUGAAUUCUAGCUUGAUAAGGUUAAGAGGUUGCAUGAUGGAUUAUCUAUGCCUUUUUGAAAGUUGUGAGAUAUAUUAUAUCAUCCUUAUGAAAUAAAUGUUUAGCAAUAAUCUCCUCAUAUCAUGCUUUUUGAGCAUCGCUUAGCAAAUUUCUGAUUCAGCACACCAUAAAUUUUGCUUAUGUUUGCUCUUGUUCUUGUUUGUCAUCUUGUUCUCAUCUAUCAGUGUAGUCUAAUUUUUCUUUAUUUUUUCUUUUAAUUUGAUGUCUGAUUGUACCAUAUAUUUUAUAAUUUAAAAUUAAUAAAAAAAAACUUUUAACAGAAAGAAGAAAACAGAACAAAAUCAAAUAAUAACCAUAAGAAUUGAAUUCUCGAAAGCUAUGUAGUAUCUUUUGGUCAUAUAUUUUGUACUAUAAAACAUUAAAUUUUCCAAAAUUCUCCAUUAUAACAUUUAACCUUAAGUUUGACAGAAAUAUAUGAACAUAUAUCAUGGACAAUUUUAUAUAACGUUUUGUUGUCUACUUUAUAAUAUUUCAAGUUUUGAAAAUGUGAAUUUAUGUUGGGGCGGUGGAAAAUAUCAUUUUUGCAUUUAUAAAAGAUAAUUCGACUAUUUUGACAAUUUUUAAUAUCGAUUAAUUUCUAUUUUAAGAAAAACUAAUUUGGAUACAUAAUUCAUAUGUAUUGAAAGAAAAAUAAAUAAUAAUUUGACCUACUAAACUUAAUUUUUAAAUGUUUUACAAUUAUUUCGUAAACAAAUUUAUUAGCUGAAGUGUUUAUGUUAUCCAAAUUAUUUCUUUGACUAUUCCGCUAUUACAGUGUUUCCAUACAAGUCAUGUUUACAACGUGGCAAAUAAUCAUUACAAUUAAAAAUUAGACAUGCUAGAUAUAAAAGUUACGCCAAAAUGGUCCAUAAUUAUUCGACAUCUAAAUUUCGGCUAUACUUGACGUUUUGUUCCAAUCCUAGUGGCAAAAUUGCGUGAUGCGCGUGCCAUUUGGUCAUUGACAAGAUCGUUAGGACAAUGUUCAAAUCCAUAUUAAUGAUGCUGUUUGACCCAUGAGUCUUAUAAUUCAGAGCUUAAAAGAUUCUAAUUGUAAAACCUAAUUAAAUAAAUUGUUACAUCAAUAUCAUGUCAACGAAAUUAUUAGUAGAGUUAUAAACUCGAUUAUUAUUGUGUGGUUAGAAUAUCGCCGAUAGUUGCGAUUUGGAUCCUAAUUAGGCGUGAUUGGUGACUAGGUUUGUCAUAAACGACAAAACGUAAACCUACUUUAAUUUGUCAUAUUCAAUAUAUCUGUACACAGAACACUGAUGUAAAUUUAAUUAGCUUUUCCAUGAUAUAUAUCUUCUUCUUCUUUUUAUAUAAUAUGCGUUAAUUUUUUCUUCUCAAUUUGCGUUAUACUCUUGUAAUGUAGCUACACAUUCAUUCGUCUAACUGGAAUCAUGUGUAUCAACGCGAAGAGUCUAUAGAGAACCAUGGAUUCGCCAUUUCCAAGUUAAAGCAAACUUGACCACUAUAAUUGUAUAAGAGUUAAAUUAUCUUAGUUUCAAAAAAGAGAGAGAGUUUAAUUAUCUUAACAGUACACUACUCAAGGCUCGAGCUCUAAGUAACGUACACUAUUAGACCAUCUUCAAUCCAUACUUAUUUUUUCUUUAUAAUUCCCACAAAAAUAGAGUAACUAUAUUAUAGAGUAAAUUUUGCUCCAAUGGUUUAAUCUAUAAUAGAAUUACUCUAUUAUAAAGAUUUCAUUUUUUCACUUUAUAUUUAAAGUGAAAAAGUGAAAUUCCUAUAUUUUUUCUUCUAUAAUAUAAUAAUUAUAUUAUAGAUUAAACCAUUGAAGCAAAACUUACUCUAUAAUAAAGUUAUUCUAUUUUUGUGAAAAUUAUAGAAGAAAAAAUAUGUAUGGAUUGGAGAUGCUCUUAUAAUUUUUAUAGAAGUUCGAUAAUUGAUUAAAAAAAGUAAUGUUGGAUUAUAAUUCUUUUUUGAUUAGAAAUUUUAAAUAAUCCCAAUAUAUAAAUUUUUAAAAUAAUAAUUGAAAGUGAUUAUAAGAGAAGGACAUACAAACAUAAACUACGACACAAAGCUAAUUAAUAACGUAACCAAGAUGCAAAUGAAGACUAAAUUGCGGCGCCACCAUAAUGAGACGAAGAGGUCGGUCGAACGAUAAGAAUAUCUAAGAUAGUGGUUAAGGAAAUUAUACAUAAUUUGUAUGAUUAAUUACAAAAUGAUGUUUGGCAUUUGUCACGGCAAACUUUUAUUUACACCAUUAUUGCAAAGUAUGAAGCAUUCACUGAAAACAAAUACUCAAAAGUGUUUCUAAUGCCACAAAUGACAUGUAGCACACUUGCACAAAUCAACUAUUUUGGAGAACACGUAAUACCUAUACUAGAAAGAAAAAUAAAAAGACUCUGUAGUACACUAAGAUAAAUCGGUAAAUGGGGAAAAUUUCCGUUUUAGUCUUUUAGACCUCUAAACCCAACAAUUGCCAUUAUAUAAAACAAAAUGAAAUAAAUAAAAAUACGUCCCAUAUAACCAUAUUAAUUGUAUGACCGUUGACAAAAAAAAAUAUAGAAAAGGGUGAAAUUGAAGCAGAUAGAAAUACAGGGGUGGGACAGAAAAAUUUACAAACAUAUGGUGCUCUAGCGUGAAUUUUCAAAAAGAAGAAACUGUAUUGCAGGGCAGCUGGAAUUGUCCUUAAGUACGAUGCAUGUAACGGGCAUUUGCCACGUAUACACUCUGGACUCAAUCCUUCCCUCUCUCCGUCGAAUAUAUUCCUCUCGACCAACAAGUUACCCACUGGUGAAAAAGUGAAAAAUCUUACAAACGUCCCGUAUAAUCAUUGAAGAAAAGCUUGUGACGCGACUCAAUAUUCUAUAUAGUCUAUAACGUAUAAAUAGAUAUCAAAGUGAAUAUAAGGGCAACAUUAUUGGUAGGACUUUUUUAUGAGUCCUUAGCUUAUUUUAUUAUGUUUUUAUGUUAAGAGACAAAGCUUAAGAGACAAUCCCUAAAGUAUAGAUUAUUGGUAGGACUUUUGUUGUCUCUUAGUAAAAUAAUUAUUUAUUUUUUGUAUUUUUUAGGAGUAAUGAUAUAUAAAAGAUAAGUUUUAAAUAAAACAUAUAACAUUAAAAUUGAAAACAUAAUUAAAUUUCAAAGUUGCAACAAAAAAAAAAUUUGGAAAAAAAUUACAAGCUUAAUAAAUAAAAGCAAACACACAUUUUAUUCAAUGCAUAGAAAGUUACAAAUUAUAUACAAUUUUACUAGCAUUUGUAUACAAUUUUACAUUGUCAAACUCAUGCGAGAAGAUGUCGACGUUGUCACAGCAUUACACAUUAUACAUGAUCAUAAACGUCAGUACAGCAACAUUAACGAAAACGA